UUUCAGUCGCCGCUUACCUGACAAACGAGACACGAGCAGCAUUUCGAUUCUUGGGUACAGUAUGCCAGAUAAGAAAUGCUCCGAACCCCAGCCAAAUGAUUGUGUGAUGCCAGUACGUUCUGCUAAUCCGAUACGCGCUAGAAGUUUGAUCCGAGACAAUUUGGAGAAACAGGCUGGUAGUCUAAAUUUAAUCCACUCCAGAAUGCCGAACAUUAAAGUGUUUUCGGGCACCUCGCAUCCGGACCUGGCCCAGCGCAUCGUCGAUCGCCUGGGCAUCGAUCUCGGCAAGGUGGUCACCAAGAAGUUCAGCAAUUUGGAAACCUGUGUCGAAAUUGGGGAAUCGGUGCGCGGCGAGGAUGUGUACAUCGUGCAGUCCGGCUCCGGGGAGAUCAACGACAAUUUGAUGGAGUUGCUGAUCAUGAUCAAUGCGUGCAAGAUCGCCUCAGCCUCUCGUGUUACAGCUGUGAUUCCUUGCUUUCCAUAUGCCCGCCAAGACAAAAAAGAUAAGUUGGCUGGCGGUGAGGAUAAAGAGGAGAACAAGAAACUAGCCAAGAAAAACUACGAUUGGAAAUUUAGGGUCAAUGCACAGAGUCGUGCGCCCAUCUCGGCCAAAUUGGUGGCCAACAUGCUGUCCGUUGCCGGUGCCGAUCACAUUAUAACCAUGGAUCUACAUGCCUCACAGAUUCAGGGUUUCUUCGAUAUACCAGUUGAUAAUCUCUAUGCCGAGCCAGCGGUACUCAAGUGGAUCAAAGAGAACAUUCCCGAAUGGAAGAACUCGAUCAUUGUCUCGCCCGAUGCUGGCGGUGCCAAGCGUGUCACGUCGAUUGCCGAUCGCUUGAAUGUGGAGUUCGCUUUGAUCCACAAGGAGCGUAAGAAGGCCAACGAGGUGGCCUCGAUGGUGCUGGUGGGCGAUGUGAAGGACAAGAUUGCCAUUCUGGUCGAUGAUAUGGCCGAUACAUGCGGCACCAUUGUCCAUGCUGCCGAUCGCCUGGUCGAGGCUGGAGCCACGAAGGUGUAUGCCAUACUGACACAUGGCAUUUUCUCUGGUCCGGCGAUCUCGCGGAUCAACAAUGCCUGUUUCGAGGCGGUCGUUGUGACCAAUACCAUACCACAGGAUGGACAUAUGCGCGAUUGUCCCAAGAUCCAGUGCAUUGAUGUAUCGAUGAUGUUCGCUGAGGCCGUCAGACGGACACACAAUGGCGAAAGCGUGUCAUAUCUCUUCUCAAAUGUUCCAUACUAAAUCCACGACUAGAGCACCAAUUUAUAGCAGCAGCAAACAACACAGAAAAACCACAACAAAAUCAACACCCAUAGCAACAUUAAUAGCAACUUAAAAUGCAAAUUAUUGCAACACCAACCACAUAACAACUUGAAACACAAAUACUUUGCCAUCAUCAUCGUUAUAUAUUUUUUAUGGAUUAACUAUUGUAAUUAAAAGCAAAAGCAAAAUGCCACUCAGAGUAGAUCCGGGGGAAGGGGGGAUGAAAAUGUCAUUAUGUAAUUAUAUACUAAAUAGAUUCUAAAUAUAACACACACACAUACACACACAAAAAGUACACUAUUUCCAUUGCUUUCCUUUUGAAUAUUAAGAGUUUUGUUCAAUCCCCUUCAGUUUCCGAUUCUCAAGAUAAUUCCCCAUUUUGAUUACACAUUGGCCUGCUCUUCGAGAAAAAAUUUAGAUUUAUAGAUUUAAAACAAAAAAACAAACACUGUAGAAGAUAUAUAUACACCCACACACACACAAACACACCCACAACAAGAAUAUUGUAAUUUUACACUGUGCAACAAAUUUUUGAUGAUUCUUUAAUGUAAGUUCUUGAAAAGAGAAGCAACAAAAGCAAA